AUGGCGGGAGAAACGCCGCCUUUAAUAACUUUCUGUAAAUUGUAAGUAAAACAAGUUUCAAAGUAUAAGGGCGCACUUUUUUCUGGCAUUCUGUUGCAAGGAAAGAGUAGUAGCCGUUCAUUUGGCAAACUGCGCCCUUUACUUUAAUACAAUUCUGACAGUUCAUUGCUUUCAGUUUUAUACUUUCAUUAUGCCUGUAUUCCAUUCGCUCGGCGGAAUUAGCAGAAGAAGAAGAUCUAUGUUACGAUCGCUCAUGUUAUCCAGCCACAGGCAACUUGUUGAUCGGUCGAAAGGACAAGAUCAAGGCCUCUUCGACUUGCGGAUUAGCUGGUCGUGAACGUUAUUGUAUUGUCUCCCAUCUAGAGGAUCAGACCAAAUGUUUUUUCUGUGAUUCUCGACAACCUUGGAAAGAGGGAGUGGAGCCCAACAGAAACAGCCAUCGCAUUGAGAAUGUAGUCACGGAGAAUUAUGCAGACCGUGCCAAGAGCUGGUGGCAGUCCAAGAAUGGAGAACAGAAUGUCAGCAUCCAGGUGGACUUUGAUGAAGAGUUUCAUGUGACUCAUUUCAUCUUAACUUUCCGAACUUUCCGACCAGCAGCCAUGUUGAUUGAACACAGUGCAGAUUACGGAAAGACCUGGAGAGUCGACCGGUAUUUUGCUUAUGAUUGUGGUACCUCUUUCCCUGGUAUCCCUGAGGGACCUCCGAAAAAGCAUGGAGACGUGAUCUGUUCGUCAAAAUACAGCCAUAUCGCCCCUUCAUCGGGUGGAGAGGUAAGUGUUAUAUAGAAGAUACGAGUUUUGUGUUUAGUUAAUCUACAAAGUCAUCUCCCCGCAUAUUCACACUAAUAAUCCAUAUGCUCCUGAGAUCGCGAAUCUUUUGAAAAUGACCAAUAUCAGGUUUAAUUUCACCAAACUGCACACUCUCGGUGAUGAUCUUCUUGAUUUCCGACCAGAAAUUGAUGAGAAAUAUUACUAUGGUCUCUAUGAGAUUGUUAUUCGAGGAUCUUGUUCAUGUUAUGGCCAUGCCCAGAGAUGUAUUCCCAAGUGGGCGGCUGAUGAUAAGGUCCCGGAUAUGGUACAUGGAAACUGUGAAUGCACCCAUAACACUAAAGGAGCCAACUGCGAGAAGUGUGAGGACUUUUACAAUGAUCUUCCAUGGAAACCGGCUAUUGGGGAUCAGCCAAAUGAAUGCAAAAGAUGUAAUUGUAACGGCCAUGCAGCUUCUUGCCACUUCGACGAGUCUGAAUACGUAAAAUCUGGUAAGAAAUUUAGGUCGACGACCUUUAAAUUACUGUAGUUUUGGCAGAUGAUAAUUUUUGAUCCUAGGAAAUGUCUCCGGAGGUGUCUGUGAUGAUUGCCAACAUAAUACUCAAGGAAAGAACUGUCAGCAAUGCAAGCCUUACUUCUUCCGCGAUCCCCGUCGUCCCAUCGAUGAUCCAUACACUUGCCAACCUUGUCAGUGUGAUAAAAGGGGGUCUUUAUACGAAGGGAUUUGUGAAGGAGAACAGGAUGAAGAAAAGAGCCUCGUUGCCGGCAAAUGCUACUGCAAACCUAAUGUGGAUGGGCCCAAGUAAGUAAUCAGUGUCGAGUAGAAUACGUCAUUAAAAAUUUUACAAUAAAAACAGCUACUUUCAGCUGUGAUCGCUGUAAGAACGGAUUCUGGGAUUUUCAAGAAACCGAUCCUAAUGGAUGUAAGGAAUGUGGAUGUAAUACUCUUGGCACGGUCGACAAUCUUGGAUGUGAUAAAUACACAGGAGAGUGUACUUGCAAACAAAAUGUAGUGGGAGAACGUUGCGAUACCUGCAAGCCCAAUCAUUGGGGUCUCUCCAAUCACACCGAUGGCUGUCAACCAUGUGAUUGUGCGCCUGGAGGAUCUCUAAGUUCUCAGUGUGAUGUUGUCACUGGUCAGUGCCAAUGUAAAGAGCACUAUAACGGAAGAAGAUGCAACACCACCGAGAGUGCCUACUUCUGUCCAGCCAUUGACUAUCUCACUUUUGAAGCAGAGAAUGCAUUUGAAAUUACAUCUGGAGAAGUCAUUGAACGUGAAGAACAUCCGUCACAAUUCAAGAGCUGGACUGGGUCUGGAUUCGUUCGUGUCCGAGAAGGUACCAACAUAACAUUUGUUGUUGACAACAUCUUGAAAUCUGGCCAAUUUCAUCUAGUCUUCCGUUAUGAACUACCCAACGUAAGUUACGGUCCAAAAGCUCUUCUGGCUGGCGAAAAUUCCGUUCUAAACUAUUGAUUGCAGGAUGGACUUGGAUGGGAUAACAUCAUGAUUACCAUCGUCCGCCCUUCCAACCCAUCUCCGGACGGUCCUUGUGCCAACAGCAUUGAGUCCGACGACUUCUUAAUCGGUCGCCUCGUUCCACACACUAAUUUCUUCGAGAUCAACCCACCUGUUUGCUUGGAAACUGGAGUUCGUUACGAAAUCCGAGUGUUCUUCGGCCAGAGAUCGGGCAACUAUCCAGAUCUGAAUGCUCAGUCGCUGAUCGAUUCUCUGGUCCUUGUCCCUCCAACUGAUUCGCUGAGCAUCUUCCAAGGGUCUCACGACGCUCAAUAUCGCGGCAGUCUCUUCCAUCAAUGCCGUGAACUUUUCCUCCGGGUUGCCCCGAAGAGCCAUGUCUCUAAAGAAUGUUCCGAUUUGAUUUGCCAAGUAAGUGGAGAAAUUGUUGGCCAGGGAGUGGCCUGUGAGUGUGAUCUCACCGGAUCCCUCUCGACUAUCUGCAAUCCAAACGGAGGUCAAUGUGAAUGUAAACCGAACGUCGUUGGCCUGAAAUGCGACAGCUGUGCUGUGGGUACAUACGGGUUUGGCCCCUCCGGAUGUACUCCUUGUAAUUGUGAUCCAGUCGGAGUUCUUUCCAAUGUAUGCGACAAACAGUCUGGUCAAUGUGAAUGUAGAGAACGGGGAAUCACUGGAAGACAAUGUAAUCAAUGUCAGCCCGGAUUCUGGUCGUUCCCUGAUUGCAAAACUUGUCAAUGCAAUGGUCACGCGAAUCUCUGCGAUCAAGAACAUGGUGCUUGUAUCGACUGCCACAAUCAUACCACGGGACACAACUGUGAUCGAUGUAUUGAUACGUAUUAUGGAGAUCCUCGAUUAGGAGUGAAUGAAGCUUGCAAACCAUGUCCUUGUCCUGGAGGUCCGGGAUCUGGAAUACAAAAUGCGAAUACUUGUUAUCUGGACAGAAGUACAAUCGAGUCCACUUUAAAAUGUAAUUGCAAACCCGGAUAUACUGGCGACAGAUGUGACGCCUGCGAAGUCAAUUAUUGGGGAAGUCCAAGAGAAUUGGGAGGCCAAUGCGUCAAGUGUGAUUGUAACGAAAACAUCGACAGGUCCAUUCCAGGAAGUUGUGAUCCCAAGACUGGACAUUGUGUUAAAUGUUUGUACAAUACUGAUGGAAUUCAAUGCGAGAACUGCAAAGAUGGAUUUUUUGGAGAUGCCAAAACAAGAAACUGUCAUCAGUAAGUUCAGUCCUUCACAAAUUAAUUUUUUUCAUCAUUGUCUAACGAUUAUAAUCUUAGAUGCGUCUGCAAUUCCCUUGGAACGAACACGACUGCUGGGUCAUGUAACAGAGUGAGUGGCCAAUGUAAUUGCUUCCCAAAUGUUAUUGGACAACAGUGUGAUCAAUGUGCCCCUCAACACUUUGAUCUGGCCAGUGGAAAGGGAUGUCAGGCAUGUGGUUGUGAUCCACAAGGAGUAAUCAGUGGUCCUGAUGGCAACCCCCAUCUAGAAUGUAAUGGUCUUGACGGGAAAUGUGUCUGCAAACCGGGUCGUGGAGGUAGAACUUGUUCUGAAUGCGAAGAUUACUAUUGGGGGAACCCUUUGACUGGGGAAUGCAAGCGUUGCGAAUGUGAUCCAACCGGAUCCGCCUCUUAUCAAUGCCAUCGGAACAACGGAACUUGUAUUUGCAAACCAGGAUCCGGCGGUCCUUUGUGUAAUCAAUGCGCCCGUGGGUAUACUGGCCAGUGGCCUCAUUGUCAAGCCUGUGGGGAAUGCUUCGACAAUUGGGACAGAAUCUUGACAGGACUCAGAAAUGAGUUGGAUGGACUGGUGGAAAGGGCCAACAACAUCGAAGACACUGGCGUCUCUUCUGAAUACGAUGAGACUUUCGAAAAAAUGGAACUUCAAAUCGCAGAAGUCAGAUUACAAUUGGAAACCGUUAAUAUCUCCAAAGAAGACGUGGAAGGACUCAGAAAAAAGAUCGAUGAUCUUCAAAAAGAUGUAGAAGACGCAAGGUCGAGGUUGGCCGAAAAGAACGAGAGAGUUGUCAAGGUCGCUUCUUCCGUUGAUUUGGCCGAAAAACAAGUUUCCGAUCUCAAGGCCAAGGCCAAUAACUUAACCAAGUUGGCAGAGAAUCUGAGUGCUGAAGCAAUGGAGAUCCGUGGAUCUGAUACUAAGGUAAGUCUGCCAUAGAAGUAAUGCAUAUUGUUUAGGGAGCUUACGAGAUUGUGAAAGAGUCAGCCGAAAAGGCCCAACAAUCCCAUGUCUCUAUCUCCCAGGCCAUCGACAAGAUCACAGCAGCCGAAAGCGACAGAAACAAGGCGGCGGACAUGAUGGAACAUCACAAGAAUGAAUUCCUCCAACAAUACGAGGAGAAUAAGGCCGCGUUGGAAGAAGUUCAGAAGAAGAUCGAAGAGAUUGAGGAUGCUCUACCUGACCUUAACAAACAAGUUUGUGGGGGUGAAACAGCCGGUUGCGAUGAAAUGUGUGGUGGUCCAUCCCCUGAAUGUGGCAAAUGUGGAGGAAGUUCGUGUCUCGGAUCUGUCUCCAAAGCCCAUCAAGCCGAAGAAUUCGCUCGGGAAGCACGGGAGAAACUUUUGGCAAAACAGAAGGAAGCCGAAGAGGUAAUAUACAAAAAAUAACUUUUACUGGGAUGGGUUUUAAAACUUUUUUAACUGCUUAGUGGCAAAAAGUUGGUGGUUAGUUGUUUAUCGUAGGGUUUGGACGGUGUAAAUACCCGAGGUAUAUGUCCGGGGGUAUACCGAAAUUACCGAGAAGCCAAAAAUUUUCGAAUAUUUGUGGAAAUUAAGAGUGAAGAAAUAAGAUCGUUCCGAAGCAAAACGUUAAAAACGCUUUCCUCACAUUUGUUUCAAAAAAUCAAAUGGAAAAAAUGAGGCCGACAUGAGAAAAAAGUUCGAGAAAGCAAAUUUAGCAUCUUUUUCAAAAUCCCAAAAUCGGUCUUAUUUCUUCACUCUUAAUUUGCAACAAAAGAGGCCGAAGAAAGAAAUGUUAAGGUACUGUCGCGCGAGAAAAUCCAUCGAAUUUGCACAGUGCGUUUUUUCGCCCGCGCCGCUGCGGCCUCCCAUUUUUCUACUAGCGACAUGCACGAGCACCCUAUGACGUCGCCGAAAAAAUUCUACGGACCUUAUGGCACGACUUGUGCCUUACCAUUUUUUAAACUAGUACGCUGCGAAAAUUUUUUAGUUUUUGUCAUUGGUGGGAUCUGUGGGGCUCGGUCGGGCUGCGCACGCUCCUAGUCCAAGGUCUAUAAAGUUGCCUAGUCAGUACCUGCAACAAGUGCAGAAAAGAAAAAUUCAUAAAAAUAAUUACUUUUGCUGAUUUCAUUCAUACGUUCUUAAUUUUCGAAAAUACCCAUAUUUUGGGUAUACAUAUUUUUAUGAACGUAUAGACCCACGAGGUGAAAAUUCACCGUUUUUCCGAACCCCAGAUUAUCGACGCAAAUUUCUUUUUGCAAAUUAUUUUCUGAAAAAAUACCGGAUAAUCUCCUCAUGGUUUCUUUAUCAGUCAAACAGGCUUUUUGAACUCACAUAAGUUUUCUGCAAAAAUCGAGAAAAACAUCUCCGCCCAGUUGGUGUUCAUUUGGAAUGUCUGUCUACCGUAUAGUUGAAUCUUUGCGGGGCUUUAUAUAUAAUUUAUGAUGGAUAGCAUUUGUGAUUCGGAAGUUACAUUUUCCCGAUUUCCAGCUGCAAAAGCGGAUACGAAAUUCGCUCCCCGAAACCGAUGCAGCCGAUAAAUCAACUUCUGAAGCCCUCAGAACGGUGGAACAAGCGGCAAAACUGGCCAAUCACACCAAAGAAGCCCUGAAGAAACAACUGGAUGAUAUCAAGAAGUUCUUGGAUUCUGAAAGAACGGGCCCAGAACAAAUCCAAGCAGUCAUUGAUGAGAUCUUGAGUGUUUCAAUUCCAUUCACUGAAGAACAAAUAAAAGAAAUGUCAGAGAAGAUCCGAGAAAAGGUCAAGGAGACCAAAGAUACGGACCAGAUCUUGGCCGAGACCUCAGGCAACAAGACAUUGGCUGAGAACCUUCAAAGACAGGCUGAUUAUGCCUCUCAACGUGCAGCCAAGAUCCACAACACAACUGUUGCAAUCAAGAAAGCCUUGGCUGAUGCAGACCAGGCUUAUAAUGAGGCUCAAGAUAUUCUUACCAAGACCGGAGAAUCGAAUGAUAAGAUCAGUUCAGAUCUGGAGCAGGCUGAGACUGAAGUUGCGACUUUAGAAGAUAAGGCAAAGGAAGCGACAACUUUGAUCAACGAGUUGCAAAAUAAGACAGAUAAAUUGAAGGCCGAAUACAUCAAGAUCACUUCAAAUUCAAAAUCUGCUGGAACUUCGGCGGACUCUGCUUUGGAGAUUGCUCAGAAAGUGGAAGCAAGACAGGGGGAUCUGAAACAAAAGUAUGAUGAGGUUGAGAAAUUGUUGGAAGACAGAGUUAGCGGAAAUGAGGAGAAGAGGGAAAGGGCUGACAAAUUGCACCAAAGAACUACUGAGUUACUGGCAAAGAUCUAUAAACACAACUCUGAUGCUGAUGGUAGGGUGCUUUUUUAGAAUUCUGCAUUCUCUCCUUAUUUAAAUUUAAUCAUAAAAUUCAUUUCAGCGUUGAAGAAAACGGCGGAUUCUUUGGAUGUGGAACUGGUCAACUUCAGGAACAGUGUGGAUUCUCUGAGCCGUCAGAUCGAUGAAGUGGCCGCUCAGAUAGAGAAACGAGUGGAGUUCCACGCGACCUGCGACGCCUGA